AUGCCGAAGAAGAAGCCAAGUACCUUUGAAGCAUUGUUGGGUCCGAUGCUCUUGUCGAAAAUUGGGGAAUACAUAGAGACUCCCAACUUUCGAAACUUCAAGAACUCGUUCUUUCAUCAUGGUCCCUCCGUCCAGACGGAUGAGGCUUUGAAGGGGAAGGAUUUCAUCGUGCUCUAUUUUUCAGGUGCUUGGUGUCCUUCCUGUCAGAGAUUCACUCCCCUGCUGAAGGACUUUUAUGCGAUUUGUAAGGACAAGGCCAACCAGGAAAAGCUCAAGAAAGUGGAUAUUGAGAUUGUGUACAUUAGUUCUGAUCGAGAUUUGGACGAGUUUCAAAAGACCUACCGAGAUAUGCCUUGGUUGGCCUGGAAAGCCAGAAACACAAGACAUCGGUGUCCAAAAAGUGUCAUAUUGCCAAUAUCCCAUCACUGGUAG